AUGCGUCAGGAGCAUUCCGUGGUGUGGGUGAGCUGUCACGCCGACGGAUUCGCGCACUGGAACAGCAUUGCGCGCAAAGCGGGCAUGCCUCUCUCGCAACAUACUGCAUCGGGGCAGCUGCAAUACAUCGAUGCUGAUGCACACCUCGAAAGCAACGAGACGCUCUCGUCCCUCUUGGACGACAUUCGCAUGGGCAUCACCGUCGCGCAAAGCACGACGAACGCCCAUGAGCCAAGUCCUGCGUAUCUUGCACGCACACUGGUGGUGGUCGAUAGCCUCUCGUUCCUCCAGUGGAGCCUGCCUGGCUCGGUCGAAGAGGUGCAUGCUUCGCUCGUCCACUUUUAUCGAUCGCUGCGCGCAUUAUGUCGCACGGAACACGCCGCACUUCUUACGUUGCAGCAUGCGGAUGCGUGCUCGGCGGUAAGCGCCAAUGGCUCGCUGGAUGCGGGCGACGAAAAGCUCUUUCGCCUCCUCUUGCGCUCCGCCGACCUCUGGGUCGCGGUGAACGAGCUCGCAAGCGGCCGUGCGGCAGACUGCGACGGUGAGCUGACGGUGCAUGCGCUGGGCCGCACGGCUGCUGCUGCAUUGGCACCCGCUUCCCGCGACGAACUGAUUCCCCUCGACGCCUUCCGGUUAGACCGGCCGUCUCAGGCAUGCCUCUUUCGUAUCGUACCGGACGGCACCGGGCCAAAGAAUGCCUAUGGUGUGCGCUCGUCUGUCAAGAUCUGGUCGCGAGGCAGCGGGCAGGGGCUCGCCUGA